GGGCUUUUGCAAUACUUAAUGUCUGGAUUUCAAAUGUUUUUCAUUUUUUUUUUUUAAUGCAUUUUUCAUCCAGCAUAUCAUUUCCUUUAUGCUCGUUUUCUUUGUUAAUUUUGGUGCAGUUCGUGUGAAUUACAAAUGGGGCCGAAGGUUGAAGGAAGUGUAUUUUGGUCGUUGUUCCUGGUACUGUUUCCUGUGGCAGUUGGACUGCCAUCACCCAACUGCGUGAACUACAAACACAGAACAAUAUGUGCCCUGAAGGGUUCAUCAGUGGUGAUAUCCUGCUCCUAUCCCGAUGAUGUUACAGUCCUUUCAGUACCGCAAUGGUCCAAAGGUUUUAACCACAAAUUAGAGUCUAUACCCUUGGACAUAACAGCUUAUGAAAUUAUCUCAAAUGGUCUCAACAGUAGAACCAAAGACUGCUCAAUAAAAUUUACAAACACAACAAAAAACCAUGAUUCCAUUUAUUACAUUACAUACAAAUUUAGCCGUAAAACAGAUGAGCACAUGACAAAAACAUGCCAUGGUUCUCCUGGUGUGAGAAUCCAUAUUUUCUUGUCUCCUGUGCUCAUCAUGGGGAAGGAUGUUGUUAAGGAAAAAGACUUCAUAUUGAGAGACUGGUCAGUAAUGGAGGGUCAGAGAAUAACACUGACUUGUGUCCACAACUGUGCUGCAGAUCUGACCUCCAACAUAGGUUACAUCUGGUACAAGAACAGACUGCAAUUAAAUGACAGCAAAAGAAGCUUGCUGCCGUUGCACCCAGUCAAUAAAGGGGAUACAGGGAGCUAUGCCUGUGCCAUGAUUGGCUAUGAAGACUUCCCCUCCCCUGUUGUCAACCUGAGAGUCCAGAACGGACCCAUAGGUAAAGUCUCAGACAACGGAAUAGGAAACGACACUGUACCCAAGGACACACGCUUUACUCCAUUGUUUAUAGUGGUUGUAGCCAGUGUUCCCUUUGGAUGGUUCAUUACAAUAACUAUCACAAUAGUACUAAUCUGCAAGAGGAAGAAGAGGAGAGGAUGUGCUGGGUCAACCUCUGGGGCUCCCAACCCCGGCAACGACCCCUACACAGCUUUAGAUGUCACCUCAAUGUCUCGUGAUUAUGCCAAACUGGACCCAGAAGGACGCUCCUCGGCGGCUGACACUGUAUAUGAGAACUUACACCAGCCUCAAAGCCACAUGAGAUGAGAAACCGGUGUUAAAACAGCCCUCUACUUUUUGUUUUUAGUUUAAUUUCAGUCUGUCGUUUUUAUUUUACAUAUUGAAGUGGCAUUUUGGCAAAUAUUAUUUAUUUUCAAACGCUAUAAAGUUGUAGCAUGACUUCCACAUGCCUAUUCUUGUAAGUUUAAGUGUCUAAUAC